CAUUCUUCCAGAAGUGGUAGAGAGCAGAGCAGCUUGGAGCCAGAGACUGCAGAAGCAUAUCCUCUGCUGCCGCGAGCCCACCUGACAGCACAGCAAAGCGGACAGACAGCAUCGGUCAGCUUCUCGGUUUAUAUCGCAUCACGCCGCGUCCUAGAGGGGAAUGGGGGGCACACAGCCCGCUAGCUAACUAACUAGACUUCUCCAGAAGCGGUGAAGGCUCACGGCCGGCGCUCCAAAAAGAUGGUAUCCUGGAUGAUUUCGAGGAUAGUCGUCCUUGCCUUUGGGACGCUCUACCCAGCAUACUCUUCAUACAAGGCUGUCAAAACGAAGAACGUUAAGGAAUAUGUGAAGUGGAUGAUGUACUGGAUAGUGUUUGCGUUAUUCUCUACAGCAGAGACAGCCACAGACUUGCUCCUAUCAUGGUUUCCAUUUUACUUUGAGCUGAAGAUUGCCUUUGUGAUCUGGCUCCUGUCCCCGUACACUAAGGGCUCCAGUGUCCUCUACCGCAAGUUUGUCCACCCAACGUUGUCCAACAAAGAAAAGGAGAUAGAUGAGUACAUCGCGCAAGCCAAAGACAGGAGUUAUGAGACCAUGAUGAAGUUUGGGAAAAGGGGCCUCAACCUGGCGGCUAACGCUGCUGUCACCGCAGCCGCCAAGGGGCAGGGCGUGCUGUCGGACAAGCUGCGGAGUUUCAGCAUGCAGGACCUGACUCUCAUCAACGCUGAGGACGAGCUGGAUCUGCACACCUCAGACGCCCGCAUGAGGCGGGAGCCCAAGGACGAUUUGAGCUCAGGGUCCAGCACGCUGCCCCGGGCCAAGAGCACCGCUGCACGGCAGACCCGCUCUCUGGCGGCCAUGUCCCUUGCUGACGACACGUCAUCUCAACACAGCUCUGACCAAUCAGAUACAAGGACUGAACACUCUGAUGAAGAUCUAGGAGACAAAGCCCCCAAACGCACUACUAGCGUCAAGGCAACCAAGAAACCUGCUGCUGCUGCUGCUGCUGCUGCUAAGACAGAGACUCAAACCAAGACGGUGAAGAAGCCGACCAAGAAAAAGGUCACAACUAACAACGCAGAGACGCCACCAUGAGGCCUGCUGUCGACCUCCACUGGCCCAAACUCUCUCGACCCACAGCCUGCGAGCCCUUCAUCCUCUGUCUAGUCUCCACACAUACACUGUGUAUAUUAAGCACCGAAUUGUGUCACUCCUGCUGGUUUUUAGAGAAAAAUGCAGGUUUUGGUUUUUAGCAGUAUGCGGGCACCCUUAGGUAGGGAACAGUUCUUUGUCACAGGCUGUUGUUGCAUAUUUUUCCUCACUCUUUACUUACUGUGAGUUAAUCACAGGUUAACAGUUGGGUUCUUAUUUUUUUUUUUUGUCUGUUAAUGGUCAGUAAAACAUCCAUAAAUGCUCCCUUUUUUGUCCUUUAACCCCUAGACAUAUAGGUCCCUAUAGUAGGUGAGAAUGUAACCUGGCCAUGUUGCAGUUUUCACGUCCAAUUGACGCCAUUGUGACAUCCUCAAUUUAGGCUGUUUUUUGGUUAAAGUAUUGCCAGUAAAAUAUCCCAUUCUUUACUCCUAGUUCUCUAUAUAAGGAUAUGUGUCCUCUGAACUACUCCUGCAUGGUUCUAGUUGAAAGUGAAAAUCACACCCUCUCUGUGUGUGCAGGCUACAAUUCUGGGUCCUCAUCUGGACCUGACCCCGAUGAUAGAAGUCCAGAGAGAGACAGUUGGCUUGAAGUUUAUUAUUUUUUUCUUUUUACUGAGGAAUAAGAAGGUAGUUCAUAUCAGCUUUAUAGCAUUGGUUAAUAGUUGUAGACAUCCAUAUUACUGUUUCAGACCUAACAGCUCAGCUCAUAAUACGACCACCAUGUAUCUUAGACCUCACAGCUUUAGGGAGGGUUUAGCUUCUCCGCAUUAGAUCUGUAUAGUGAGUCUGGCUCUGCCAAGUUCAGGUCUCACUUUCAUCGACUUCCUUCCUCUCGGCUUAUGGGACUUUUACUUUGUGUGCGGGACUGGUGUUAGGAGUGGUUUGCUUAGUGUUGGCUGAGUUAUUUUUCACUUAGACUUCAAUCUCCUUUUAUCACGCUUCUGUUUUAUCCACUUCUUUUGGUCAUAUGUCAUUAGUAAUAGGUACGAUCUGUUGUGCAAAGCCAGGCCUCUUAAGAUAAUGCUGCAACUCCAUAAAACAUAAAUACAGUAGCCAUUAAAGAGUUUCUGGUGUUUGUGAAGCAACAUAUCUGCUUUCACCACAGUAGGGAUGGCUGUAUAUUGUUUGUGUUUAACAUUAAAAAAGUCAUGGAGGAGCUCUGCACUUUCUAACUCCUUUUAACCAGCUGUGUGGUGACACUCAGCGUUUUUGUAAUGUUUAUCUCUGAAGCCAGGAUAAAGCAUAGCUAUAUGGAAAAAAUUAAACCAAGAACAGGAGACUGUGAGGAAGUAUUUCAGCAUUCCCGUUCUGUUUUUAGAUGUGGAGGAAGUGUCAAUCCAGACUCUGUGUGUUUCUAAACACACUGGACUUUAGUUCUGGGAUGGAGUUCAGGUUGCCGGCCACUGGUUUGGGCGUGGUUUCUUCCUAGUGCUCUAAUGACAGAUUUAAAAGCAUGAAACUAUGUCAGCCCUUUAUUACUGUUGUCUGCAGUGUGACACUAGUUUGAACCAGUAGGUGGAGAUAAACCCCACCUCAACUGUUAACAGUUAUUAUACAAUAUUUAAACAGAAUGUAAAUAGUAACCUUGACUGAACAUACAGUAUGAGUUUGCUUGCCUUAUACAUUCUGUGGGCUUGACUCCAUUGCUAUUUUUACUCAUUUUUGUGCUCUUUUAAAUUAUUAGUCCUGACAAAUGUUCUGAAAUUGGAAAAAGCUCAGACUCCACCAGUGUGGAAUUCUGGUGUUAGAAGUGUUUUUUGUAUGUUUAUUAUACUUUAUUUUUUCUUUCCUUUUUUUUUAUAAUUCAUUUUAACUUUUGUUUAUCACAAAGUAUGUUAUCUUCUGACUGAGUAUAUUUGUUGUACAUUCACAUCCUGCUGUGUACUCUACUCAGACUGGUGGAAAAAAUACUUUAGCACCAAAAGUUGAAAACUGACUUUUCUGUUUUAAAAUUUGAGAAGACAGCACAUAAUGGAGAAAUUUUCUGUUUUACAUCCCUGCUAUUUUAUCUUGUGUUUAUGCCAUUUUCGAUAUUUAUUGUUUGUUAAAAUCUGUAUUGUGUACAGGGAUGUUUAUUUGUUUGUGCCAAUUCUCUAAGCUCCAUGUCAAAAAGGGUUACAAUGUGUGUACUGGGACAACAGUAUCUGAAAAGGUCAUAUAUCAGUAAUAAAACUACCAAUAAAGUGUUUAUUAGUG